UUUUAUAGCAUUUUUAUCUCUAGCACAUGCGAAUUUCACUAUUGUAAAUAUCUUAUGAGUUUAUGACUCAUAAUAUUAUUUUUAUCUUAUGUCAUUUAUUUAAUUAUAAAACAGUUGAUACAAUGUAAGCAGUCGAUCACUUUUGCAACUAAUACUGUUAUUUUACUAUAAAAAUAAAAUUGUCGUGACCUAUCUCGUAUCUAACAUUAACUGCCAUUACCAAUCAAAAUUCAUAAACUAUUGAACAGAUGACGGCAGUUUUCGUCGAGCUUUAAAUUUCAUAUGCACACAAUGGACUUAUAUGGACAUUACACUCCCACUUUCAAACAUUUCCGCAGCCUCACAUCUUACAACUUCACAUUGCCCUUGAUAAAAUGGCUACACGUUUCGCCACACCCAACCAGGUCUUAGAUACCAACAAUUUUGUUUACCGAUCUUCAAACAUGUUCAAAUCCUAUUUCGAUAACUUGACAGUUCUUGGAAUAACAAUAGCAUGUCUGUACGUAUUUUUAUGCACUCGACAACACAAAGAAAACUCGACUAUAAUCGUAGAUCAAUAAGAUGCAGAAUUCCGUAUGAUUCACUGUCACCGUAAGAAAAACACCUUAAUUAGAUGACGAAAUUGAACCGCCAUUUCUGAAACGGUAUCAGUUGAACUCACACGUGUGCUCUUAUAUUUUAAUGAACUUUAUCAAAAUACUAACUUAUAAGUGUUAAUAUUACCUGACAUUUCUUAAUAUCGUUGUGACAAAGAAAUUUACAGUGAAACACUUGCCAAUUUACUGGACAAUCGUCAAUGCAAAACUAGUUUUAGCGAUUUGUACGUUAAAGGUAUUUAUAGAUUCUGCAUAACAAUAACAGUAGUUUUGCUUGCAUUAUUUUUUACGUUGAUUAAGUUUUGAAUCAGUUUUUAGAUUAAAUAUGGAGUACCAGAACAUGAGUUUUGAACGUGAAGUACCGACCGAAUGGCCUUUCCAACAAUUUCGAAAUGAAAUUUUAAAAAUGACGUUGAGAGCGACUUUACAUCACUCAGCAGAUCAACAAGUUAUUUUGACUACAAAUAAUGUUUCUGCACUGCUAACAUCAAACGAAACGGGGACCAGAUACAUUUUUAGAAAAAUUGAAGAGUUGCCUGAUGAGUUUUUCCAAAUGCAUUUAAUAAUACCGUCAGAAAUUAUGAUGCUUUUUAACGGAGAAACAAGCCUGAUACCAAUAGAAGCUGAGAAUUUGGGAUUCCAUUCCCGUAAUUUGGAAAGGCGAAGAGAAAUCACUAUCGCUGUACCAAAUUUCAGAAGGAUUCUUGAAAUGAGAAAUAUUGUUGGAAAUCAAAUUUACCGAUCCGCUUUCAUGUCAGCGUAUCAGAAUAUUGGGAUUAUGGAGUGCUGAAUGCAAAGAAAAAUGGCGAAAUAUUCGCAAUGUUUAUGUACGAAAUAUGAAACCCGGUAAAAGCGGAGCUGGAGCAAAAAAGAAGAAACCAUAUUACU